CUGCUCUCAUAUCGUCCCCUGCCAUGUCGCCCGCUUUACCCUACCUGCGUGGUCUGCGCAAGAGUGACCUCGUCGUUCUCGCUGAAGUGUCUAAUCUCCAAGACUUUGAGGAUUACAAGAAGACAGAGCUUGAGGCUGCACUCGACGACCACCUCUCGACGAACCGUGCCUCGCUUUCCAGCGAACAGAAACUGGCAGACUACUACAGGCGUCUGUCGCAAACAUCGCGCUCGUCUCCUAUCAAAAGAGAACCCAAGACUGAGCCCGUGAUGUCCGGCGACGACGGCAGGAGACCUAGUCGGUCCAGGCGAACGAUAAAGCCAAAGGAGGAGGUCGAAGCCACAGAUGAAUCCGACAGCAGUGCCAGCAAGCAAUCAACCCCGGCCUCUCGCACCCCCGCGCGUCGCCGCUCACUUCACUUCCCUUCCCUCCCACCGUCUCCCGCAGUCAUCACAGACGCGAUCGAUCGCCAAACGACCAAAGCCCGCCAGUCUAUGUCUGAGGCCUGGGAUGCGUCCGGCCUAACCGAGCGCUCCGACGCACUGCGCUCAUGCCUCAGCAGCGUCCGUACGAUCGAGCUCAUCACCCUCGCUAUGGAGCUAUGUGGUUUGCUUUCCCAAAUUGUCCCCAUGCGCUACCUAACCACGUUCCCCGCGGUGUCAACAGUUGGAACCCCAGAGUACGCCGUUAAGGUCCCUGACGUGUUCAUCCUGCUGGAAGCGUCCUUCUGGGGACCCUUCUCCCUUUGGCUUUCCACGAGCAUAUUCCUACCUUCCGUGCUCGCGUACUUUUGCAACCUAAGCUUGAAGAUUUCGCAACAAGGCAGCAGCCAUGCUUAUGGCACACGUCGUACCACUUCCUCAGCAGCUGCAAAGGCUGCCGAAGUGGGUAACUUCGACCCGCUCGUAUUUAACGUCUCCAAGGCCCUGAUUUCGUACCUGGUGUACACGAGCAAUUGCACGUUUUGGAACAUGUACCGUCAGAUGACGGUUACGACGGUUUCCGGUGCUGUUCCUGGCGGACUGCCUGGUCUGAUGACAGGGGCCGCUAUUGGGACGUUGGGGUCUUUGUAUGAGGCGAUUUUGAGGAGGUAAAGUUAUUAGUUUGUGUUGUUUCCUUUGCUACUAUUUCUUUAUUUUUCCUUGGACUAGUCGUUCAACUGAAUCUUAUAUGAAAUUGGAAAGGACAAGGGAUGAGGGGGGGGAUAUUGCCCUGCGUUGUUGGUAGGGUCAGUUUUAAUCUCUGGACAGCUUAAAAGAAAAGGAGCAGAUCCUGCGGAUUGUCAAUGAUGGCGAAAUAAUAGUUUGUUUCUGAAUGGUUUGAUGGGCGGAACCGCCUUGAGCUUCUUUGGAAGGAUUUUGAGAGUGUGAUUCAUUCAGGAUUUGGGUUGGUUAAUUGUUUGACUUCCGUUUUGCUUUUUUGAUAUUUUUUUUUCUUCAUCUUGUUGUCUCAUGAAAACCCUCAUUCAUUGGGUAUGGAAUGUUGUUUUUGAUGUUACUCUAUUCUGUUACGUGUGUUUUGCCCUUCGCCCCUGGCCCUGAUGUUCUGUAUCGGCCAUUUGCCAUGUCCCUUCAUUCACGAACUGGGAUACUGCCUCUGCUUUUGUUUUCGUUUUUCGCUUUUAUCUUUUGCUUUUGCUUUUGAUCUCUGCUCUUUUCUUUUGGCUUCUCUGGCGAUGGGAUACUUCUGGAUGUCUUCUCCUUCCCUUUUCUAUACAUAUCCUCGCAGUGCUUCUCGUUUUAUCCUUUUUCUUUUUGCGGGGGAGUGGAUUGGCCUUGUUAUUUGCGUUGAUGUUGAAUUUUGCUUUGGGAUUCAAUUGGGUCGUGUCCCUUUCAGUAACUACGUUAUUCUUCUAGUUCUCCUGCUCGUUCUCACUUUUGUUUCUAUUUUAAUUUAUUGGAUAGGGAGUGUUUUU